AUGUCAUCCGAGAUGUGCCCGCCUUUCGCUCCUUUCUUCGGCUUUGCCGGUGUAGCGUCUGCAAUGAUAUUCAGCACUGUCGGUGCAGCUUUCGGAACGUCAAAGUCCGGCAUCGCCAUUGCCGGCCUGGGCAGCUUCCGCCCAGAGCUGAUCAUGAAGUCGCUCGUUCCUGUCGUCAUGUCUGGUAUCAUUGCCGUGUACGGCCUGGUCGUUUCAGUCUUGAUAGCAGGAGGCCUCUCUCCAAACGACUACCCCUUGUCAUCAGGUUUUAUUCACCUAGGUGCUGGCCUCUCUUGCGGUCUCACCGGCCUGGCUGCCGGAUAUGCUAUUGGCCUUGUUGGAGAUGCGUGCGUUCGCGCAUACGUCUACGAGAACCGGGUGUUCGUCUCAAUGGUCCUCAUCUUGAUCUUCGCCGAAGUGUUGGGUUUGUACGGACUCAUCGUAGCCCUCCUCAUGAACACGAGAGUUACUGGCGUCACCUGCUGA